GACCAACCGAGACUGAACCAGAAAGUCGUAUUGACCUUGCAUACGCACUCGGGUCUGGAACUUUUGACGCGAAGCAAGGAGUCAGAGCCGAUACCUUAUGUGAUAUAUAUACCAGCCGGACCCCUUCUUUUUCCAUGCUACUCUCUCGUUUCCUCAAACAUUCAACGACCUUUGAAUCUUGACCGGUCUAUCACGGCACCACAGACACAAGACAACCUGAGAUCCAUCAAACAUGGCGAACCAGCCCAUCGACGAUCCGGCCGUGUUGCCGGCGAAUACAGCUACAGCACUGGAUUCACCAGCCCCUCGAUCGUCCGGGGACGCAGAAAAACAAGACGCACAACAGGACACCGCGGUCGCAAAGAAAUCGUCUGCCUUCAAAUCCCUUGGCUGGCUUGACCGCUUCCUGGCGGUAUGGAUUCUACUCGCCAUGGUCCUCGGCGUCCUACUGGGCAAUUUCGUGCCGGAAGUCGGCCCGGCAUUGCAGAAGGGCAAGUUUGCGGAUGUGUCCAUCCCGAUAGCUGUCGGGCUGCUGGUGAUGAUGUACCCCAUUCUGUGCAAAGUGCAGUACGAGAUGUUGCACCGCAUCUUCUCGCACAGAGGCAUCUGGAAGCAAAUCGGCUUUAGCGUGUUCGUCAACUGGAUUGUGGCGCCCCUUCUCAUGCUAGGGCUUGCCUGGGCGUUCCUACCUGACAAGGGUGAGCUCCGCAUUGGCCUGAUUCUUGUCGGCCUUGGAAGAUGCAUUGCGAUGGUCUUGAUCUGGACGAGCCUCGCGGGCGGCGACACGGAAUACUGCGCCAUCCUGGUCGCGGUUAACUCGCUGCUCCAGAUGGUUCUUUUUGCGCCGCUUGCCAUCCUUUACAUCCGCGUCAUCAGCCGUGAGUCCGGCACCAUGGACGUGUCGUACUCGGUUGUCGCCACCAGCGUGGGCGUCUUCCUGGGCAUCCCCUUCGGCGCGGCCCUCGUUACCCGUUUUGCCGUGCGAGCGAUUGCCGGCCACGAAUGGUUCAUGAACGUUUUCAUGAAGUACCUGGCGCCCUGGUCGCUGCUCGGCCUUCUGUACACCAUCGUCGUCCUCUUCGCCUCCCAGGGUCGCCAGGUCGUCCACCAGAUCGUCUCCGUCGUCCGGGUCGCCGCUCCGUUGGUUGUAUACUUUGUCGCCAUCUUUUUCGUCACUCUUUGGGCAUCGAGGCGAGCGGGGUUUGGGUACAAGCUCAGCGCGACACAGAGCUUCACGGCCGCCAGCAACAAUUUCGAGCUCGCCAUCGCCGUGGCCGUCGCCACGUACGGCCCACACAGCGACCAGGCUUUGGCGGCUACAGUCGGGCCCUUGAUCGAAGUGCCGCUGUUGAUCUUGCUCGUAUAUGUUGUGAAGUGGAUGGGGAACAGGUGGAGGUGGCUGGACUAAGAGAUCAGCAGGGGUCGAUAUUUUGUUUCCCUUGUCUAUUG